AUGGGCAUAUCCAAAGAAGAUACUAUUACCAAGUUCAACGAGCAAAUCAACAUGACUCCCGACGAGCUCGAACCGUGGCUUGCCUCGGAUAAGAGCCAUCAAGCAGGAACGGGAGUAGGUCUCGUGAGCGGUGCUAAGAUAGUGGAUAUCCUGAAGAAGAACCCGGACAUGGACCCAGGGAAGUACGAAGAGGGUGAUUUGGAUCACAUGCGCAAGGUGGUGGGUUACAAUAGCCGACAUCUGGUGCAAGAGGAUCAUCUCAAGGAAACCAAAACUAAGGAGGAGCUCGCCAAUACAAAGAGUACCAUAAGUUUCAAAAACUGGGGUCAUGACCCGGUGAAGGCACUCGAGGAAGAAGAGCGCGCGGAGUGCCAUAAUCAGCCGGGUGAAUUUUUGCCGCAAGAACCAGGGGACUCCCGAAAGGCAGGAAAAUUCAAACGGAGCGAUAACGGCGAGGAACCGCUGGCUAGCAAGAGAAAAAGAGACACCACUGACGGCAGGGUGGAUCAGUCCAAUGGCGAUGCUGAGGAAGAAACGCUGGCGAGAAACCGGGGCAAAUCUAAGAAGAGUCGCCAAUACAAGUCACCUACUAGGAAGUCUGCCAGGAAUCGCAAGGCCUUGAUGAAGAACCACUAG